AUGAGAACUCUGGAAUUAGCUUUAUCUCCACCUCCAACAUCUUUAAUUCCUUCUUUCAACCACUCCACCACACAAACCGUCGGAGUUGAUGUCAAGACCACCUUCAAUGCUCAGCUUCUCCUAAGGAGACCCAAACACCAAAACCCAGAACCCGUCGUCGUCCUUCAACCCCAGAUUCCGAUAGACCGACCUCAAGCGCCCAUUCCUCGUUGCUCGACUUCCGAUAUUCUCCGAAUAAUGGACUCUCUGUCUCUACCUGGAAACGAAGAUCUAUACUCUUGUCUCGCCAAGGAAUCAACCACCGAUUGCGAUCAACGUGGAGCUUACGAACUAACAGCUCAUAUCAUGAAGUCUAGUGUAAGACCCAGGACGACGUUUCUCAACCGUCUCCUCCUGAUGCAUGUAUCCUGUGGGCGUCUAGAUAUCGCACGCCAGGUGUUCGAUAGAAUGCCUCACAGAGAUUUUCAUUCCUGGGCUAUCGUUAUUCUCGGCUGUAUCGAAAUGGGUCAUUACGAAGAGGCUGCUUUUCUCUUUGUUUCCAUGUUGAAACACCAGAAUGGUGCUUCCAAGAUCAGGCCUUGGAUCAUGGGCUGCGUUCUAAAAGCGUCUGCUAUGAUCAGAGAUUUGGGGUUGGGGAAACAGGUACAUGGCUUGUGUCAGAAGCUAGGGUUUAUAGAUGAAGAAGACUCAUAUCUCUCGGCCUCCUUUAUACGUUUCUACGGGGAGUUCGGUUGUUUGGAAGACGCUAAUCUUGUGCUGCGCCAGCUCUCUUAUGCUGACACCCUUGUUUGGGCAGCCAAGGUUAGUAACGACUGCAGAGAAGGGGAGUUUCAAGAGGUGAUCCGUGGUUUCAUAGAAAUGGGUAAGCACGGGGUCAAGAAGAAUGUCUCCGUGUUCUCUAGCGUUUUGAAAGCAAGUAUAUGGGUCAGUGACGGUGGGAGAAGCGGGGGAGGAGUGCACGCGGAUGCUAUAAAGCUCGGGUUUGAGUCUGAUUGUUUUGUCCUAUGUCGGUUAAUCGAGAUGUAUGGGAAGUAUGGGAAGGUGAAAGAUGCAGAGAAGGCGUUCUUAAGUAGAGAGGAUGAGACGAGUGUUAGCUGCUGGAACGCUAUGGUCGCGGGUUAUAUGCAUAAUGGGUGUUAUAUUGAAGCCAUCAAGCUUCUCUAUCAAAUGAAAGCAACUGGUAUAACAGUACAGGACACACUCUUGAGUGACGUCAAGCUCAAGCCCACCUCUAGAUAUAUUAACAAACACUAGGUAAAGAAAAUAACUAGCUUGAUGGCUUGAUA